GGGGGGAGGUAGUUGUGCAGCGGUAGCGGGGAGCGAGAGGAGUAGGCGGAGGAGGAGGCGCUGCUGCUGCUGCUGCUGCUCCGAUGCUGGAGCUGGGGCUGUGCGGGGUGCCAGCGCAGGUGCUCGGGGUGGUGCAGGGCGCGCUGUGUCGCAAAGGAGGAGCGAUGGCGGCCGAGUUGGAACCCACGCCCGAGCAGCUGGCGGCGAUCGCGGUGGAGAACGAGGAGGAGGACGCGCUGGACUACAAGCCGCCCGCCCAAAAGUCCAUCCAGGAGCUGGUGGAGCUGGACAAGGACGACGAGAGCCUUCGCAAGUACAAGGAGACGCUGCUGGGGGCCUCGCCCAUCGUCGCCGAUCCCACGGUGGCAAACGUGCAGGUGACGCGACUCACGCUGCUGUGCGAGACGGCGCCUGGGCCUCUCACCAUCGACCUCACCGGUAAUCUGGAGACGUUCAAGAAGGAGUCGUUUGUGCUGAAGGAGGGAGCCGAGUACAAGAUCAAGAUUAAUUUCAAGGUGAACCGUGAGAUCGUGUCCGGCCUCAAGUACAUCCAGCAGACGUACAGGAAAGGCGUCAAGGUGGACAAGACGCACUACAUGGUGGGCAGCUACGGUCCGCGCGGCGAGGAGUACGACUUCACGACCCCGCUGGAGGAGGCGCCCAAGGGGUUGCUCGCCCGCGGCACCUACAACGUCAAGUCCCAGUUCACCGACGACGACCAGCACGACCACCUCUCCUGGGACUGGAACAUCACCAUCAAGAAGGAGUGGAAGGACUGAGCGGUGGCGGCGGCGUUGUCGGGGGGGGGAGGGGAGAAGGAGGAGUAGAGGGGAGAUGGUGGGGGAGGGUAGGGAGGGAAGGAGGAGUAGGAUAGAUGGGGGGAAGGAGAGAGAUGGGGGGAAGGAGAGAGGAGAGGGGAAGGAGGAGGGAAGGGGUGUUCCCGGCAGGGCUUAAUUUCAACCGGUAUCUUCGUGCGCAUCACGAAAAAAAAAGACUCGCAUGUGUACGUGCUGACGACGCUGUUGCUUUGCACAUCUUUAGUGUACGGCUCUUGACUCGACGCACGGUACCCACGCACACGGCGUGCGCGAGCGGUGACGGCGAUUGUCAGGGGUCGCGGUUCAUGCGGAAUUUUCGCACCAAGCGUAAAUUCUAUUAAAAAAAACUAAUUUCAACUCGGUUCCUCGUUUCUGAUACUUGCCGGCGGUGAUGUCACCACCGCCGCCGGACGGCGACGCCCCACGGCCCUUUGCGCUCGCGAUCCGCCAACUUCCCGUUCGUGCUGCCAUCUUGUAAAACCACCGCCUUGUAGCCGCGCGCCGCCAUUCGGCCGUGCAGGUGACGAACGAGCGAUGGUUUUAUCGGCUCGAACCUUUCGGGCCGACGACUCCGUCGGGUCUUUCGUUUUUCUCUCGGAUGACGCGCCGCGAUGGUUUUCUGAUUUGGAUUUUCGUCAUUUCUCUGCGAAACUCGUCGGGACUGAGAACGCCACGUUCACCAGGCGUGUGCCGUGUCUGCAAGCAGCUGGGCUUGGAUGCGAGGCUUCUUAUCGUCCUCCUCUGCUCGCUGUCUCUGACUUGAGAAUUCAUCUCGGACCCCCGUACUCCCACCGCCGUCACCACCGUCAGCUCGUUAGCGACGAACGGGGGGGGGGGGGGGGGGGGGCCUUCGGAAUUCCUGCCACCGGUUUUUGUUGUUGUUUUUGCCGUCGCAAACAUCACUCGGGUAGCCGUCACCGGAGAAUUCUACUUUUUAGUUUGCGUCGGUGACCCAGAUAAUAAUAUUUCCGCGCCCGGUACACUGCGUCCAGUAUUUUUCUCCUCGCUGUUGCCGUGGCUUUUACACCACUAGCCGACGCGUGCCUAACUCUGGCGCAGCAUGCCAACAACACGGAGACUGAAAAAAGAAAUAUUUCAUUUUGAGAAAUUAAACCCUGCUUGUUGUUACUGCAUGGUCAGUGCGGGGGGGAGGGAAGGGGGAGAGUGUGCUUCGCAUGGCGUGUGUGUGUGUGUGCGUGUGUGCGUGCGCGCAUCCGCGAGUCUUUGUUAAUCGUCGUAGCUGGUAACUCGGAGGGGGGGGGGCAUGGUUUGGAGUCUGCGGCUCUUAAUUGUUUCCAUGGUCCGGACGCCCUCCGCUCUUGACUAACGAUACAAAUCAUCGCUGCUGCCGUCGCUCGCUCUCGAUAUUUUGCAUUCUGAAAGCAUUCCAGCAAAACCCCGUCGCCUUAUGAUUUUUCGACGAUGUUUCUAACCGUUACCACUGGGGUUUUCUUUUUGUUUAAAUAUCCAUUCCUCUAUCUGCUUUGCGUUUGCUCGUUUUUAUUUGCGUUAUUGUCGGUGUGUGUGUGUGUGUUUGCGUGUGUGUUUUGAACUUUCAAGUCCCGUCGGUUAAAAACGACUUCUAACUGCAACUGACUACUGCUAACGCGUCAAACUUAAAUGGGCUAUCGACUCACAGGGCCAGCACCCACGUGGUCUGGGAAAAGGGGGCAGGGAGAGGGAGGGCAGCACCAUCCCCCAUUGUCUCGAUGACCACGCCUCCAAACUCAAAGCACCAAUAGCAGCCUCCUCCCAUUGUCCCUCUAGCUCUGCCCCCUCAAACUCAAAGCACCAAUAGAAAUCCUCCCAUUGUAUCGCCUCUCCCCAUUGGCCAGACGCCUCCUCCCAGUCAGCGAACGAGCUCGCACCCCCCGCGUUACCAUUGGCUGGUGCCCUGUGCAGCUGUGGAGUCGAUGGUUCCACGGUGGCGAGAUGUUCACCACCUCACCUGGUCUACAGGAGGACGUGGGUUCGAUCCAAACCCCUUGACGCCUGCUGCUGUAUAUUUGGAGUUUGCGUGUUCUCCCUGUCGCUCCCCGUGAUCGCGUGGAUUUGUUUUUUUUCUCCUGGUCCUCCACAUUUAGAAUCAACAUUGUGCAUUUAGAGUGUUUUGGCUGUCUGUACAUUUCCGCGUAAUGAGAAAAGCCACUUCGUCGAGCUAUCAUUUGUGAUGGCCAGGCCGAUUCUUAAAAAAAAAGCUAUACAGUUCAGCGGGUCUUACCUGGUAAAGUAAAAUAAAAAAUAGUUUAGUUUUAGAAACGAGUGUCCCAUUCACUUUAGCAGGGUUACAGGCGCAGCCCUGCAAUAGCUUGGCUCACCCCACUUGGUGGAAGGGCUCCCACUGGAGGGAGCUCCUCGAGAAGAGGGUGAUUUGGUCUACUCUUUCACAUUGACCGAGACGCGUUGGAAGAGCCACCUUUUCGAUGAAUCGGGGUUUAAAGUGACCUCCAUUGUCGCUUGCGUUGAAACCUCGAUUGCGUUUCCGAAUCACUUUCAAUAAUAAUCGCGGAUUAUACUCGACGCCAAAUGGCUGAGCAACCGCUGGGCGAAAUGCGGUGCUGUUCGAUUCACGUUUGGACAAUUGAUGGGGACAUUGAUUUACAAAUUGUGGAUUCACCAUUCCCGUGUGGUGAUACAAGCUCGAGGCCAAGUCUGCUUGGUGCUCUUUAAUGUUUGCUUUAAUUACCUCUCAAAUAAAUGCGUUGAUGACGUAACUAAUGAGAAUGCAACACAUUCGUCAACAACAACAACAGCAAUCAAUUCCACGAUCUGCCUAAUUGUAUUCGGUCCUUUUACGGCAACUGUUGUUGACAAAUGUGUUGGGAGCAUCGAAGCCAAAUUCCAUCGCGCGAUCACGGGCGGGGAAGUGGACAGCGAGAGUCCAAUCAAUGGGACACGCACGUGAUUCGUUUCGUCCGACCGCAGGUGGGAUUCUGCCUCGUCAGGCUAUGAGGCAGACAGCAGACAGCCCCCCCCCAGAAAGGCAACAACAACAACAACAAAAUCGGUCGCUGUGCACAACCAACACAAGAAGUGAAACCGAACCGCAAAAUCUUACAGCAGUCGCCGGAUCGCAAGACGCGUGCCCCGGGUGUUCAUUGCCUCGUCUUGUGCACGCGAGGUCUGUGGGUUCGAUCGUGGCCCUGACCGUCUGCUGCAUAAGUUGCAUGGACGGUUUGCGUGUCUGUCUCUCUAUCUCUCUGUGUGCCGUGGUCGCGUGGAUUUUUCUCCGGGCUCCUCCGGGUUUCCCCCCCCCCCCCUCCACAUUUAGAAUCGACAUCACGCGUUUUAGUGUAUUUGGCCACUGCUAUUCCCGCGUGAUUAUAAGCCACUUCGUUGAGCUAUAAUUUGUGAUAGCUAUGUUGCUCAGCGGGCGAAAUAAAAAUAAAAGUUUCGUUUUAAUAAUUUAGUAAGACGCACCUACUUGACACAGCGCCGCACCAACCCCUCUCAACAACAACAUCAACAACAUCGAGCCUCGUUUGUGCCCGAGUGCCAACACAGUUACACGUCUCGUCUCGCGCGCACCCCCCACCGGAUUAUCACAAUCGCACGGCACCACGCACGCCACAACUUGUGCUAGAAAUCCAGCGGGUGGCGAAAGUGCGUCCAUUCAUAAUCCGCCGAAGGAAUCGAGCCAGCGGUCUUGCAAACACAAAAAAAGAUUUCCCGAUCCGGAGAUCGUUUCCAUCCUCGAACCCAGUGGUUUUUCACGAAUGUUCACAUUGGGGGGGGGGGGGGGGGGGGGGGUGGGACAGGGGCGACUUUCGCCGGUAGGACGUCAAUCUGUGUGAGGAGGGCCGCGACACAAUUUGAAAACCAUUUGUUGGAGUUUGACAGCGGCACGAUGAUGAUGAUGGGGGGGGGGGGUAUCACAAGGCGUGUGCAUUGUCGGGGUGGCCCGCUUGAGAGGCAGCGAGGGGGCCGCCAGUGUCCCCGCGAGACUUGCAAUGAAGAACACCGCUCUCAGCGCCCCCCCUCCCCCUUCCUUCGUCUCUUCUCCCAGCUCGUCCCCAUGCGUGCUCCAUCCUCGUGCGCCCCGCUCCUCUCUACAACAUGCGUUACUGCAUCCCCCCCCCCCCCAAACCUCACCCCCAAAUCGUCCUCGGCUGCGUCCAUGUGACAGCAGCAGCAGUGGAGGACCCCCCCUACCCCCUCUGCCCCCCCCUUCCCCCUCCGCCCCCCCCCUUCCCCCUCCGCCUCCCCCUUCCCCCUCGGGCCCAUACCCAUCGUCGUGUGUGGAUGUCCGCGUUGUGGUUGCUGGUCAUCGUCGUGGUGGUGGUGGUUGAUGACGCAUCGCUUGCUCGUUCGUGAUUUCGUUUCGGGUGCAGAGCCAGGAGGAGGAGAGGUUGGGGGAGAUGAUGGGAGAUCAGUGUGGGGGGGGGUGUUGGUUCAUGAGAGAUGUUUGGGGGGGGUCCACCCCCCCCCCCGCCGCCUCCUGGUUGAUGUUGUCCUCCUGUGAUCAUGUCCCUUGGGCUCCCUACUUCCUCUUGCUGCCUGGUGCGUUACCGCGGUGAAGGAUGUCAAUAAAGAACCGGAGUUGGGUCCGUCCGUGCUCUCAC